AUGCUGCCAAGUGUUCAUUUUUCCGGGUGUACGCCAGUUUGGGUGUGGGACACCAGCUUCCGAGUGGACGGUGUCCCGGUGAAGCUGCUGAGGGAAGGCGAGGCAGCCACGUUCUUGGGAGCCCAGGUGGGCUUCAACAUCGUCCCUCGAAUGGCCUCCCUGGCUGAAAUAACAGACAUUGGUCUAAAGAUAGCACGGAGUAAGCUGGCCCCGUGGCAACGGAUUGACGCCCUCAAAACUUUCUUCUACCCAUCUACUGUCCACAUGCAACGAAUGGGAACUUUUUCAAAAUCCGACUGGGCCACGAUAGAUCGGAUCCUCCGGCCAGAAUUAAAAAAGACCUUCUAUCUUCCGCAGGAGGCCUCCGGAGAGUUCCUCUAUGGCUCGGCGAAACGUGGUGGAUGCGGCAUACGGCUGCUCGCGGAAGACAGCGACAUCGCGGCGGUCGACAGCGGUUUCAAGCUGCUCACGUCACCGGAAGACCGCCUAGCAUCGGACGCGACCGCCCAUGCAAAGAAGACGACUGGGAUGCGUCUACGGAAAAACGCGGAUGUGGCCGAGUUGGACCAGUACCUGUCGGGUGAGGAGGACGGCGUGUUCCGCGAAUCGCGCGGUUAUGGCGGUGUUUGGUCAAGAGCGCGUAAUGCGUCCGAGCGCUUAGGCGUCCCUCGGGUCGUGGACGGUGGCCAUACCGCUAUUACCCAUGACGGGACGAUUCUCCGGCGAAAGCAACGUCGGGAGGUCAUGAGGACCAUCCGUGAAUCACUCCGUCUAAAAAGGUCUGAGACCCUUACUGCGAAGCCGGACCAAGGCAGGGCCAUGGAGUGCGUGGCGGCCGACUCGGCUUCUACGCACUUCAUCGAGUCGGGAGACUUCACGCGGUUCGCGGACUGGAGGUUCAUCCACAGGGCGCGGCUGAACUCGGUGCCGCUGAACGGCCCCUCGUCAUGGAUGGCCGGUGACCGCAGGUGUCGGCGAUGUGGGUACAUAACAGAAAGCCUAUCCCACGUCGUCGAUCACUGUAUGCGGUGCGCCGCGCUCUAUUUGGCGUGGCACAAUGCUAUUGUGGCCAUGACCAAGGAAGCAAGCCGGGACGCGGUACCAGGUGAUCGCCGAAAACCAGUCGAUUGGGUCACAGAGGCUGCGCCCGGACCUGGCCAUCAAGAAGGGAAAUGCGGUGUCCAUUGUCGACGACGUAACGGUCCCGUUCGACAACAGGAUGGCCGUCUUCGAAGAUGCGGCCGGGUCCAAAAGAGAGAAGUACGAGCGGCCGAGGGCGGAGCUUGCUAG